UCGUAACACCUUAGUGAGGUUGGUAAUGGCUCGUUGGAGUCGGCGGCUCUGGUUUCAAUUGUUCCCUCUCUUCGAUUAAGAAGAACAACGAUAUGGUUAAGCCGAAACAACAGAAGAAGCCACCCCAGAAGAAGCAACCAAACCCACAAAUCAAGAAACAGGGAAAACAGGAUGAUAGUUCUCAAUUUCGAACUCAGUUGGAUGCUCUUGGCCUUCGCAUUGUCGAAGUGACAGCUGACGGUAAUUGUUUCUUCAGAUCCCUUGCUGAUCAGUUGGAAGGUAAUGAGGAGGAGCAUCGAAAGUACCGAAGCAUGGUGGUGAAACACAUAUUGGACAACCAGGAGACGUUUGAGCCCUUUAUUGAAGAUGAAGUCCAAUUUGAUGAAUAUUGCCAGACUAUGGAAAAUGAUGGUACAUGGGCUGGACAUAUGGAAUUGCAGGCAGCUUCUCUUGUAACACAUAGUAACAUAUGCAUCCAUCGGAACAUGUUUCCUCGCUGGUACAUAAGAAACUUUGAUGAUCGUGGAGUUCGUAUGGUCCAUUUGUCUUAUCAUGACGGGGAGCAUUAUAAUAGUGUUCGGUUAAAGGAUGAUCCUUGUGAUGGACCUGCAAGGUCAAUUGUAAUUAAGGCGGAUGCCGAUCUUUCAGCGCCACCCCAUCUAAUGAAAGAUAGAGCUAGCAAACCCUAUGAGCAAGCUGGUAGGCAAACUUUUCAGCCUGGGUCAGUAAAGGUGGUUAUGGCUGGAAGUGGAUGUGAAAACAGAGAAAAAGUUGAACAGAUUCUAGAUCAGGUAAAUGGAGAUGUUGGUGCCGCAAUAGAGUUUCUAAUAGCAGAACAAGGAGCAGACGAGUGCUCUUCAAAUUCUGAUUGCCUUCAAAGUCAGGCUAGUGCUAACGGUUGUGAUGUAAAUGAGAAUCAUGAAAAGCACAAAGAAAACAUCGUACAGGACAACACUAAUGAUGAAUCAAACAAUAACUCCAGGAAAACCAAUGAUAAAAUCACGUUACAACAAAAUGACAAGAUUCCUCGAAACAAGGUCUGCCCGUGUGGUUCAAAAAAGAAAUACAAAACUUGCUGUGGAUCUACGUCGGGGAAACAAUCUGCUAAGCCUGUAGUUAUCCAAGCAGCUGAAUCCAGAAGGAGCAAAAAAGAAACGAAGAAAGGGAUUUCUUCAAAAGCUGAAUAUGACUCAGUGGCGCCUGAUAUGGGUGCACUUUGUAUUUGAUUUGAUAAUAAAUCAGAAGUUACUUCUGUGCUCCCCAAGAGGAGAGAAGCUACUGACAGGUUUUAAAUUGUGGUCAGAUGUGAUCGUGGCAUGAUUCUUGACAUUAUGGAGAAUUGUAGUCAAAUGCAGUUGAUGUAGCCUCAAUUGUGGUUGUCAGGACAUAAAAACUUUGAUGUCAGCCCACAGAGUGGACGUUUUUGAAAAUCAUGAUUAAGAUUUUAUAGUGCCCUCUAUAGGAUUCUGGAUUGAGUUUCAAUUUAGGAUAAAAAUGCAUCUUGUGUCCUUACUAGUCUUGCAUGAUCAGAAGACCAAAUGUAUAUUACCAGUUAGCACCAAAUUCGUUAUUGUAUCCCUGAUAUGUAGCUUACUUCCUGCAAAUAUGUUUUCUU